GUAAAACAAACGAAAAAACCAUGUUCUUCUCAGCUUCUAAAUUGGCUUGCCUCUUGGCAGCGGCUCAUGAAGCUGCGGCCGUCACUUACAGCGUGCCCGCCAAGGUGAACACGGGCGGUCUCUCGUACGCUCCUCUCGAGGCGGCCCCCGUCGGUCUGUCCUUCGAGUUCUUCGCCUUCCCGUCGUACUUCAAAAACGUAACGGCAACGAACCAAUGCCUCGCCAACCUCAAGGACCUAACGGGCACCUGGCCCCCGAUCCGCAUCGGCGGCACGACCCAGGAUAGGGCCUCUUAUGAUGCGGCGACGUCGGCGUACGUGAUCUACUCGGUCGCCAACGCCGCCGACGCGCCCUCUUCGCUGACGUUUGGGCCCAACUUUAUGAAGCUGGCGGCGACGUACGCCGGCGACGUCACGCUCGGUCUGAACAGGGGGAAGAACAACAUUGACAAUACCAUUGCGGCUGCCAAGGUUGCUGUGCAGGAGAUGGGGAACCUCUACGCCAUUGAGGUCGGGAACGAGCCCGAGUAUUGGUCGGGAGUACAGCCCAUUGCCGCGGGAGGAUGGAGUCCCGCGCUGGAUGCUGCGUCACAGAACCACUGGGACAUCACUGUCGGCAAUGCCAUAGGCAAGAAGAACAUUAUCCAAGCCGGCAAUUCCAACUCUCUUCCUCCCACUUGGGGGGCUGAGGAGUUGAUCGCAAGUGGAAACGCCACAGUCAGAGAGUAUGGGAAGACGUACGCACAUCACAACUACCCUGGAGGGUCUGUCACAGGUUUGAUGUCCCACUCAAGUAUCUCAAGCAACGUUCACUUGUUCGACAAAGACAUUGCCAGUGCGCUUGCUGUUAACAAGCCUUAUAUCUUUGGAGAGACAAACUCUGUCGCGGGAGGCGGCGCAGCCAACGUGUCCCCAACCUUCGGCGCAGCCCUCUGGGUAAUGGACUAUGCCGUCCGCCUAGCAAUGUCCAAAGUCAGCAGAAUCUACUUCCACCACGGCACCCUCGGCAACAACCCCUACGCCUUCUUCGGCCGCUCUUCCAUGGGCAACCCAUACGUCGGCGCCUACGCCGCAACGGCCUUCAUGGCCGGCGGCAAGCACCUCGCCGCCCUCGACGACGGGAAAUCCGCCCUGGCCGCCUACGUCACCUACGACGCCGCCGGCGCGCCGCUGAGGGCCUUGCUGUACAACUCCAACUACUACAGCGGCACGGGGACGCGGGGUGCCGAGUCGUUUGUGCUCAGUGGGCUGACGGCGGCCCGGGUUCGGAGUAAGCGUGUCACUGCUGCGAGCGCCGAGGCGAGGCAGGAUCGCGGAGGGAAUGCGUCUUUUGGACAGCAGUUCUUCAACAACGGUACCUGCACGAUUGGCGGGACGGAGACGUUUGAGACGACGACGGUCUCGGGUGGGCAGGCUACUUUCAGCGUAGGAGCCAGUGAGGCUCUUCUCGUCUACCUGCAAUAAGUUUGAAUAUGGGUGUUGAGGUCAAGCAGAUCCGGUGUUUCUUAACAACGAGAGCUGACAUGUGGGUUUGGUUGAUAUGAAGCGUGGUAUGGCGUUGAAUGCAUGUAGUUGUGAGAGUGGGAAGGGAGGAAGAAGAAAGCCGAGAUACCUCACUAAAUCGGAGUUCCCGAUACAUACCCCGUUAAUUGAAUUAGCCUGCGAGGUUUCUUUUAUGCAAGCAUAAAUCGCGAUGAAACUUUUCAUCAUGUCUCCAGGCCCUUUAGCUUGUAGAACAG